CCUGAACACAUGUUCCCACCGUGGUGUGAUGUCGCAAGCAACAAACUCGCGAAAGUAAACCCUAGUAGUUCCACGUUACGUUUACCUUUAUAAAGCCUUUUCUACCCGAUCAAUUGCUCUAUCCUCUUUCUUCCCGCACCCAUGUGUCGCCCGUAGCUCGUCCUGUCCUGUCUCAGCCCUCCUCCGCACCUCGCCCAACGACGUGGCCUCCUGGCCAGCAAUUAGAUGGAAAUGGCGCCAUUGAGGCCUUCCCUCCGUAUUCCUCAGUUCUUUGGAGCUCACCGUAGCUUCACAUCGACUCCACGAAGACGUCUGGCUGCCGAUUUCUUCAAUGCGAAACGAGGCAUAUCGAACAAGCCGCAGAACUCAGACCCAUUGAAGGCAUGGCGUGAACCAAAGCAUUCGCCAUGGCCAAACAGAAUACGGCUGUUUCUGGGCGUGCCCUUCACUGGGUUGAUCAUCUAUUCAAUGAUGACGGGCGAAAUAACCAAAACUGAAUCCCCCACCAUCGCUGAAAAAGACGCCCUUCUUAAACGCGGAGGUGACGUCACGGAACAAUCGCCUAUGCGCUUGCGUAUGGAAAAAUUCAUCAAGCAACACCAAAAGCAGAUUGUCGCUGGACUGGAGAAAGUGGACGGCCAGAAAUUCCAAGUCGAUACCUGGCAGCGACCAGAGGGUGGUGGCGGCAUAACCUGCGUUCUGCAGGACGGUAAUGUGUUUGAGAAAGCGGGAGUGAAUACUUCGGUCGUGUAUGGAAGGCUUCCGAGAGCUGCGAUACAGAAAAUGAGGGUCAAUCAUAAGGCGUUGGAUCCGGAUGUCGAGUCGGUGGAAUUUUUUGCUGCGGGGUUGAGCAUGGUGUUGCAUCCGAGCAAUCCCAUGGCGCCGACAGUCCAUCUCAACUAUCGCUACUUCGAGACUGCGGAUGAGAAUGGGAAGACAAAUGCAUGGUGGUACGGCGGUGGAUGUGAUCUAACGCCAUGCUAUCUAUUCGACGAAGACGCAAUACACUUCCACAAGACCAUCAAAGCGGCCUGCGACAAGCAUGACAAAUCCUACUACCCACGCUUCAAGAAAUGGUGUGACGAAUACUUCAACAACAAGCACCGAGGCGAGUCCCGUGGUAUUGGCGGAAUCUUCUUCGACGACCUCGAUGAAACGGAAAAAGACCAGGAGCAGCUCUUCGCCUUCGCGCAAGACUGCCUAUCCGCAUUCCUACCUUCAUACGUACCUAUUAUCAACCGCCGCAAGAACAUGCCGUUCACAGAGCGCGAGAAGCAAUGGCAGCAGAUAAGGAGAGGGAGGUAUGUCGAAUUCAAUCUCGUGCAUGACAGAGGCACGGCUUUCGGAUUGAAUACUCCGGGGUCGAGGGUCGAGAGCAUACUUAUGAGUCUGCCGCUUACGGCGAGGUGGCAGUACAUGCAUUCUCCCGAGAAGGGUUCGAGGGAGGAGAGGCUAUUGGAGGUGUUAAAGAAGCCUAAAGAGUGGGUAUAAAGAAGGGGAGUUGUAUAGCAUUUGUAUCAUAAGACGUGGCAACAAGGUAUGGAGAUGUGUCGAGCGCUACAUAAAAUAAUCGGAACGAGUUCUCUUCAGCCGCAGGGCAAAUAGCGUAGCAGUGGAGGUAAUAUUACCCA